AUGGCCUUCCAAUUUAAUUUCACUAUCGAGGACCAUUUGGAAAAUGAACUAACGCCCCCUGGAGAUGGAACUUUGACCCCAAGUUCCUCAAAAGAGUCUUCAGUCUCAGAAAGUCAAAAAGGUAAACACAGAGACACAAAAUGUUCUACAGAACAGUCUAUCUUGCCUCCGAGUCACUCGUGGGGACCUAAGUCAGUGGGACACGCAGCUCCCUCCCAAGACACAUGCAACUCACCCAAUGCAGCUCCCAGUUCAGGGAACUUAGAGCCUCAUGAAAAUCAGCCUUGCCUGAGACUCGCCAAAGAGCAUGCUGUGCCUGAAGAUCUAAAGAAAGUGUUGGAAAAUAAAGUCAUAGAAACAUUACCAGGUCUCCAGCACGUUAACUUAUCGGUAGUGAAAACCAUCCUGUUGAAAGAGAACUUCCCUGGAGAAAACAUCCUUUCAGAAACCUUUUCGUCUCACUCUGAUCUGAUUACCGGAGUUUACGAGGGAGGUUUAAAAAUCUGGGAAUGUACCUUUGACCUCCUGGCUUAUUUCACAAAGGCCCAAGUGAAAUUUACUGGGGGGAGAGUGUUGGAUCUUGGCUGUGGAUCAGGAUUGCUGGGUUUAAUGGCGCUCAAGGGAGGGGCCAAAGAAGUUCAUUUUCAAGAUUAUAACAGUUUGGUGAUCGACGAAGUAACUUUACCUAACGUGGCGGCUAACUCUGCUUUGGAAGAUGAAGAAAAUGAUGGAAACGAGCUGGACGUGAAAAGAUGCAGGAAAUCAAAAGUAGCACAAAAUCUAGGUCAAUGCCGGUUCUUUUCUGGGGAGUGGUCUAAGUUUUGUAAGCUCGUAACCAGUGAAAAACACUUUGAAAAAUAUGACCUCAUUCUCACCUCAGAAACUAUUUACAAUCCGUAUUACUAUGAUACUUUGCACCAAACAUUCCUUCAAUUGUUAAGUCAGAAUGGGCGGGUGCUUUUGGCCAGCAAAGCACAUUAUUUUGGUGUAGGUGGAGGUGUUCAUCUCUUUCAGAAGUUUGUGGAAGAAAAAAAUGUAUUUAAGACUAGAACACUUGAAAUAAUUGAUGAAGGACUAAAAAGAUACCUAAUUGAAAUGACUUUUAAGUAUCCUAGUUAA